CCACAAUACCCCUUAGAGAAAGGGAUUCCAACUAAGUAAAAUCUUGCCUAGAGAAUAAUAAAAAAUAAUUUUGACACCAAAGCCCUAAGAGAGACAUGAAACCUCACUAAGGACCAAACAUCACCAGGAUUUGUUUCCACACCACGAGCACUCUGUUGUUUCUCUCCCUCCAAAGAUCUCACAAAAUUGCACACACCCCAACAUCCCAAAGAAAACAGUCUUUCUCUUUGAAAGGUGGAUGGCAGAGGAACUCCCUGAUCAUCAAACAAACAUCCCUUUGACGAAUGAAUGCAAAACCAAACUCCUGAAAGAAGUCAUUCCACAUAAAUCUUGCAAACUGACACUCCUAGGGCAGGUGAUAAAGGUUUUCCAUUCACCUUUCGACAAAGGAUGCAACACCAACAAAAUCUCUUGUUCUUUGCAGUCAUCUCUUAAUGGAUCAACUUCAAAUCUUCCAGAUGGUACUGGGCGAUCUUUUGCUACCUCAUUUUCUGGUCAGUCUGGUGCAGCCUCCCCUGUCUUUCAUCACUCCGGAGGAGGGUUGCAUAACAUUCAUGGAAGCUUCAAUAUUCAGAACAUGUCAGGUGCACUAACUUCAAGAAAUUCAACGAUAAAUAAUGUUCCAUCAGGUGGGGUGCAACAACCUACAGGAACACUUUCCAGUGGACGUUUUGCAUCGAACAACCUUCCUGUUGCUCUUUCCCAGUUGUCUCAUGGCAGCUCCCAUGGGCAUUCAGGAGUCACAAGUAGAGGAGGUAUAAAUGUUGUUGGGAACCCUGGAUUUAGUAGUAGCACAAAUGCAGUUGGCGGGUCUAUUCCGGGGAUUCUGUCUACUUCUGCUGCUAUUGGUAAUCGAAAUGCUGUUCCAGGAUUGGGUGUAUCCCCAAUUUUGGGAAAUGCAGGUCCUCGGAUCACAAGUUCAAUGGGCAAUAUGGUCAGUGGAGGCAACAUCGGAAGGAGUGUAACAGCAGGUGGAGGAUUGUCACUACCUGGUCUUGCUUCUCGUCUAAAUCUUAAUUCAAAUAGUGGAUCCGGAAGCUUAACUGUCCAAGGACAAAACCGUCUAAUAAGUGGUGUGCUACCACAAGGAUCUCAACAGGUCCUUUCUAUGUUGGGUAAUUCUUAUCCCAGUGCUGGAGGUCCCCUUUCCCAAAACCACAUGCAGAGUGUGAAUAGUUUGAAUUCUUUGGGGAUGUUGAAUGAUGUGAACGCCAAUGACAACUCUCCUUUUGACAUUAAUGAUUUUCCACAGUUAACAAGUCGUCCAAGUUCUGCAGGAGGGCCUCAGGGACAAUUAAGUUCGCUGAGGAAGCAGGGUCUUAGUCCUAUUGUUCAACAAAACCAAGAGUUCAGUAUUCAGAAUGAGGACUUUCCAGCAUUACCGAGAUUUAAAGGUGGCAAUGCUGAUUAUGGUAUGGACAUUCAUCAGAAAGAUCAACAUGAAAAUUCUGUGCCUAUGAUGCAGUCUCAGCAAUUCUCUAUUGGAAGGUCUGCUGGAUUUAACCUUGGGGGCACCUUUUCGCAUCGACCCCAGCAGCAGCAACAGCAUUCUUCUGCCGUCAGUAACAGCACGGUCUCCUUUCCACCUGCAAAUAAUCAGGAUCUCCUCCAUUUACACGGAUCAGAUAUAUUUCCAUCUUCACAUGCUGCUUCUUAUCACCAGCAGUCUAGUGGGCCUCCUGGUAUUGGUCUAAGACCUCUAAGUUCUCCUAAUUCAGCUUCUGGAAUGGGUUACGAUCAACUUCAGCAGUAUCAGCAGCAUCACGGUCAAUCUCAAUUUCGUUUGCAACACAUGUCCGGUGUUAGUCAGUCAUUUAGAGAUCAGGGCAUCAAAUCUAUGCAGGCAGCUCAAUCGUCUCCCGAUCCGUUUGGUUUACUUGGUUUGUUAAGUGUGAUAAGAUUGAGUGAUCCUGAUCUUGCAUCCCUUGCACUCGGAAUUGAUUUGACCACGUUAGGAUUAAAUUUGAAUUCAGCAGAUAACCUUCACAAGACUUUUGGCUCCCCAUGGUCUGAUGAGCCUGCCAAGGGUGAUCCAGAUUUCAAUGUACCGCAAUGCUAUCUUAUUAAACCCCCAGCUUCACUACACCAAGGGUAUUUCCCAAAAUUUUCUCUGGAGACGCUGUUUUAUAUAUUUUUCAGCAUGCCAAAAGAUGAAGCUCAGUUGUAUGCUGCGAAUGAACUUUAUAAUAGAGGCUGGUUUUAUCACAAAGAACAUCGAUUUUGGUUCAUUCGAGUUUCAAACAUGGAACCACUUGUGAAGACUAGCACGUACGAAAGAGGAUCGUAUCUCUGUUUCGACCCUCACACAUUUGAAACUGUCCGCAAGGAUAAUUUCGUUCUCCACUACGAGAUGGUAGAAAAGAGACCAGUUCUAUCGCAACAUUAGUUUCAAUUAUUUUUUUUUAAUGUAUAAAGUUUGUGGAUUUCCCCCCUAUUAUUGUUAGCUUUAGCUGUGUUUGUAGAAUUGAUGUUUUGCCUUCUUCAUUUGGUAUUUGCAACCAAUCAUAUAGGCCCUUGUUAUUGUAAUGAGCCAUUUCAUUUUUCUUUACAAAAAAACAGAAACUGUAUCAUCCAAUGGUUAGCGCUCUCUUUGUUCCUCAUGAUAUAUUAGAGAAUUAGGCCUGCUUUAUUUUGCGGCCUUCAUGGUGUUUCGCUCUUUA